AUGACCGAACGUAGGGAAGAAAAUGAAUUUGCACUGAUUUGGAAAACUCCGGCAUCUGCAACAGCAAUCACUACGGCAUGGAAAGUUUUGAAAGGACGUUUGCCUACGGUCGACAAUCUCCGAAGAAGACAGGUGGUUUUACAGCCAGCAGCCUGCUGUGUGCUCUGCAACUCGAGUGAAGAAUCAAUCGAUCAUCUCUUCUUCUCUUGUCAUAAGUCAGACGAAAUUUGGAAGAGUAUUUUUCUCUGGAUUGAUAAGCAAUCUGUUUGCCAUACUAAGGCGAAGAACCAUCUUAAUGCUUUUAUCAACCUUGGUAAUAAAGAUGAUCUCUCUUUCCUCCUUCAAGUUUGGAUUGGAACGGUCUGGUGUAUCUGGAAGUGGAGAAACGAUUGCAUCUUCAACCAAGGAAACUGGAACAAGGAGAGGGUUGUUUCAGAGAUUAAGGCAAAGAUCUGGAGUUGGCUUUUGGCUUUCAACCUGCCGAAGAGCCCAGCUGUGUUCAAUAGGUGGUUCAAUGUGGUUUCACUGCUUGGUUGA